AUGAGAAAGGGAGUUCGGAAUCCAGACAGAGAUCGUCAGAUUGUGGAACAUGAGUUGCAGGAAACUGGGUUUAGUCCAGAGUCAGAGAAGGCGACAAAGAAGAAUGUUGAAGACGACGAAGAUGAUGAAGAAGAUGAAGAAGAAGAAUCUGUGGAGAAGAUCUUUGAAAGCAGAGAAGUACCUUCUUGGAAGAAGCAGCUGACUUUGAGGGCUUUUGUGGUGAGCUUUAUGCUAAGCAUCUUGUUUAGCUUCAUUGUCAUGAAGCUUAACCUCACAACCGGAAUCAUACCGUCCCUCAAUGUCUCCGCCGGUCUUCUUGGUUUCUUCUUCGUCAAGACAUGGACCAAGAUGCUUCAUCGGUCUGGAUACUUGAAACAGCCAUUUACUCGCCAGGAGAAUACUGUUAUUCAGACCUGCGUUGUUGCUUCUUCCGGCAUUGCCUUCAGCGGAGGGUUUGGGACUUACCUCUUUGGGAUGAGUGAACGAAUUGCGAACCAAUCAGGAGAUGCUUCCCGUGGCGUCAAGGACCCUUCUUUGGGUUGGAUUAUUGGUUUCCUCUUUGUUGUCAGCUUUCUUGGCCUCUUCUCGGUUGUUCCCCUGCGAAAGAUAAUGGUAAUAGACUUCAAACUAACCUACCCAAGUGGUACUGCAACUGCUCAUCUUAUCAACAGCUUUCACACCCCACAAGGGGCCAAGCUUGCCAAGAAACAAGUGAGGGUCUUGGGGAAAUUCUUCUCCAUAAGCUUCUUCUGGAGUUUCUUCCAAUGGUUCUUUACCGGAGGAGAAAACUGUGGCUUCUCCAACUUCCCAACAUUCGGACUCAAAGCUUACCAGUACAAGUUCUACUUUGAUUUUUCAGCAACAUAUGUGGGUGUUGGCAUGAUAUGCCCAUACAUAAUCAACAUCUCUGUCCUUCUGGGAGGAAUCCUCUCUUGGGGGAUCAUGUGGCCUCUCAUUGAAACCAAAAAGGGAGAUUGGUUUCCCGCUGAUGUCCCAUCCAGCAGCAUGCAUGGUCUUCAGGCUUACAAGGUGUUUAUAGCUGUUGCUAUAAUCCUAGGAGAUGGUCUAUACAACUUUUGCAAAGUGCUGAGCCGGACUCUUUCAGGACUAUUUGUACAGCUCCGAGGCACUGCACCUGUUUCAAGAACAACAUCCUUGACAGCUGAAGAAGACCCUCCUGCUUCCCCAUUAACCCCAAAGGAAUCUUACGAUGACCAACGCCGUACAAGAUUCUUCCUCAAAGACGAGAUCCCUACUUGGUUUGCUGCUGGAGGAUACAUCAUAAUAGCUGCAACAUCUACAGCGAUACUCCCUCACAUGUUCCACCAGCUGAGAUGGUAUUACAUCCUCGUCAUCUACAUCUGCGCACCUGUCUUAGCCUUCUGCAACGCUUAUGGAGCAGGACUCACAGACUGGUCUUUAGCUUCAACUUACGGAAAGCUCGCCAUAUUCACAAUCGGAGCUUGGGCUGGCUCUGAGCACGGUGGCAUGCUCGCUGGUCUAGCAGCGUGUGGCGUCAUGAUGAACAUAGUCUCCACAGCUUCGGAUCUCACGCAGGACUUCAAGACUGGCUACCUAACUCUGUCAUCUCCAAAGUCAAUGUUCGUGAGCCAAGUGAUUGGAACAUCAAUGGGUUGCGUGGUAUCUCCCUGCGUGUUCUGGCUGUUCUACAAGGCGUUUGAUGAUUUAGGUCUCCCAAACACUGAGUACCCUGCACCGUUUGCUACUGUAUAUCGAAGCAUGGCUAAGCUAGGAGUGGAAGGUGUCUCGUCUCUACCGAGAGAAUGUCUCGUUCUGUGCUACGCCUUCUUCGGCGUGGCGAUUCUCGUGAACAUAGUGAAAGACAGUCUAUGUAGCAGAUGGGGGAGAUUCAUUCCUCUUCCCAUGGCAAUGGCGAUACCGUUCUUCUUGGGGCCUUACUUUGCGAUUGACAUGUGUGUGGGAAGUUUGAUACUUUUCAUCUGGGAGAGAGUGGAUGCAGCAAAGGCUGAAGCUUUUGGCACAGCGGUGGCUUCGGGUUUGAUAUGUGGAGAUGGGAUUUGGUCUUUGCCUAGCUCGGUGCUGGCUAUAGCCGGAGUUAAUCCUCCUGUGUGCAUGAAGUUCCUCUCUGCUGCAACCAAUUCGAAAGUCGACAGCUUCCUGCAAAGACCCUCUUAA